AAACAAAAUUUUAUCUCAAGAAAGCAUAUUAUAGGUCUGUAAUUGAAUCAAUGUUCUCAUAAAUUAACAAUUCCGUCGAAUAUUUGUACUUCAUUACGUCCGGUGAAACUAUUAAUUGAAUACUUCUUCAAAUCAUUAAUCGGUUCAAGUGAAAGAGCACCGUAAAGAAAAUUACUCCUGUGACACGGGAGGUCGAAAUGAUUUAAUCGCUUCUAUCCAUUGCGAGGGUAAAUGAUUAUUCUGCUCAAAUUUAUUUCAAGGCAUACAUCUUGGUGAGCUUAAAAAAAUUGUCACUUUGUGGUCUUCGUCGAAUUUUGGUUUUUGUGACGGCGACAACACAAACGCCGGCAAAGUGGACGCACGCGGUGGCCUCGUCCCCCAGGAUUACACAGGCAUGGUGGGGCUGACGGGUAGCGGUGGAAAUAGCGGCUCCAGCAAUGGAGGUCCUGGCGUUGGGGUGCCCAGCAUCGGUCCUGGUGUUGGGCCAGGACAUAUGUACAGUGGAAUUGGACCACAAGACAUGCGUGAUAUAGUUCAAAUGCCACCCCCGCCGCCUUCGAAUGCCCCGACUUCAGCUGAUGCUUGUUUAAGUAUCGUUCAUUCUCUUAUGUGUCAUCGGCAGGGCGGUGAAAGUGAGAGCUUUGCUAAACGUGCCAUAGAAUCAUUGGUGAAGAAAUUAAAAGAAAAACGAGAUGAAUUGGAUUCGCUAAUUACUGCCAUUACCACGAACGGUGCACAUCCAAGCAAAUGUGUUACUAUACAACGUACGUUGGAUGGUCGGUUACAGGUCGCGGGUCGGAAAGGCUUCCCUCAUGUCAUUUAUGCACGUAUUUGGCGUUGGCCUGAUCUUCAUAAGAAUGAAUUGAAGCAUGUUAAAUAUUGUGCAUUCGCUUUUGAUCUCAAAUGCGAUUCUGUUUGUGUGAAUCCUUAUCACUAUGAGCGAGUAGUCUCCCCUGGGAUUGACUUAUCUGGGCUCAGCUUACAAUCGGGACCAAGUCGCCUUGUGAAAGAUGAGUAUUCAGCGGGUCCACUAGUGGGUGGAAUGGAUAUUGAUGGGAACGAUAUCGGCACAAUACAGCACCAUCCCUCACAGAUGGUUGGUCCACCGGGCAGUUACGGUUACCCUCCUCAAGGUUCAGUUGCUGAUCCUGGUCAUAUAAAUGCUGCCGCUAUGUACGCUGCCGCUGCUGUGGCAGGUCGUGCAAUACCAAAAAUUGAACCAAGCGACGUUGCCCCACGUAAUACGUGGCUAACCCCGCCACCACGACCUUCUAACCAAACCACAACUCAGCAAACAACUACUGGGCAACUAGUUCCGCAAGUACAGCCACAGCAGCCAUCACCUACAGGGCAAGCUCAGCAACAGCAGCCACAUACAACCCCAAACCCACAACAUACGCUUUUGGGUCACGGUUUGGCAAUGGCUGGUGCUAUGAAUCCUGGUCAAGUAAUGGCUCCUCCACCUUUACCCCAAGCUCAAAAUCCCCAGAGCAACGGCCACGUUGUACAAACGAGUUCCCCGUCAGAUCCUACUGGUCUUGGCCUACAACAACCGCAACAAGCUGUAACUGCCAGCGUAACCAACAGCCAACCGAGCAAUUAUUAUGGUUCCCCUACCACUUCACAAAUACCAAUAUCUAAUGUGAAUGAAGCAAAAUUUAACGCUACGCUUAAUAAUAGCGGUACACAGCAAUCCAUUUCUUCUCAGAUGCAACAAAAUGGUUAUGCUCAAACCACCUACGGAUCUACUGUUGCUGGAGGCAAUAAUGCUCAAAACGCCAAUGCUACAAGCAGUGGUGGUGCUGGGUCAGUUCCAUCGGGUCCUAAUGGCACACCGGCCGCUGGAACUUGGACUGGGUCUAGUACGCUCACAUAUACGCAGGCAAUGCAGCCGCCAGAUCCGCGGGCUAUAUCAGAUGGUUACUGGAACAAUAUCAUGGCAGGUGACAAUAUGACAGGCCAACCUCAGCAGCCGCGUUUGUUAUCUCGACAGCCUCCACCAGAAUAUUGGUGCUCGAUAGCAUAUUAUGAGCUGGACACACAAGUGGGCGAAACGUUUAAAGUGCCAUCGGCAAAGCCAAAUGUUAUAGUCGAUGGUUAUGUAGACCCUUCCGGUGGCAAUCGUUUUUGCUUGGGAGCUUUAAGCAAUGUCCACCGCCAGGAGCAAUCAGAAAGAGCCAGACUGCAUAUUGGUAAAGGUGUUCAAUUAGAUUUGCGUGGUGAAGGUGACAUUUGGUUGCGUUGCCUUAGUGAUAAUUCGGUAUUUGUGCAAAGUUAUUAUUUGGAUCGUGAAGCGGGACGUACACCCGGGGAUGUUGUGCAUAAAAUUUAUCCUGCUGCUUGCAUUAAGGUAUUUGACUUGCGGCAGUGCCAUCAGCAAAUGCACUCACUAGCAAGUAACGCCCAAGCAGCAGCUGCUGCUCAGGCAGCAGCUGUGGCCGGCUUACCCAACGCUCAAUUGGGAGCCCCAUCGCGAAAUCUCUCAGCUGCUGCAGGUAUCGGUGUCGACGAUUUGCGUCGUCUGUGUAUUUUACGUCUUAGUUUUGUGAAAGGUUGGGGACCUGAUUAUCCAAGAGAAUCAAUAAAAAAGACUCCUUGUUGGAUUGAAGUGCAUUUACAUAGGGCUCUCCAGCUGCUUGAUGAAGUUCUACACGCCAUGCCUAUAGAUGGACCGCGAGCGAUUGCCUAAACGGAACUUUCAAGCACAGAGAAAUAUGUCAGAACCGAUGCUUUAACCAAUCCGAAUUGAAGUUAAAAUAUUUAUACAAUUUUUUAUUACGGUAUUAAAUAUGUUUUUGUCCUUUCGAUGCGGCCGCAUCAUUAUUUUAUCCCUCUUGCUAGUUCUUACUUUUAAAUGUAAAACUUUCGAUUUUUUUUUUUGCAAGUCUUUCGUGAUGAUUGUACGAAGUCUUUACACUUUCGUAUCGUUUUUUUGAAAAUUAUUUUUACGACAAAAAUAUUCGUUUUAUAUAUUUUGAGUUUUUACAGAAUUACUUUAAUAAGGAUUAUAUAUCCAAAAACAGAUGUAGAUUUUAUUGUAAAGCAAAAGCAGCAAAAUAUAAAUAUCAAAUAUAUUUAUACAUUAUGUGCAGAGCAAUUUUAAA